CGACGUUAAGCUCGUUUCUAUGUUGGAAGACGAACUCGACCUAGGCAAGCGCGCAACCAAGAGAGAGCUCAUGGCCAUGAGCAAUACGGAUCUCAAGAGCUACCUCACGAAAGCUACUUCCGCCCACAAGCACUGGUGGAUUGCUGAACAAAAGUCGCUGAAGAAGAGCAACACAUUUAACCUGGAGCAAGAGUUGGCCCAGUUCCAGGCCAAGGACAAGGCAGUGUUCAACUCCAGCAACAAGAACCGAUAAGGCUUUUGCAUCUGCAGGUACAAGCUUUUCUCGUAUAUCCUAAGCGAUGUCAAUCUUCUUCCCAAAUUGCAUCACACCAGCAGAAUUGAGGCACGCCCUGUAUGUCUCAUGGAGAAGGCAAUCUCCGGAUUUCCAACGCCAUUCAGAGCCAUUGCAUUAGCUGGUUGACGCAUUGCAUAACUGCUCGAUAGAGGCGG